AGAGAGAGAGAGAGAGAUGAGCAUAGGAGAGGAGAGUAGGAGGAGGAGAGAUGAAGAGAUUCAGAUUAGUGUAGCCGAACUGAAUUUCUCUCCUGUCAGCCUCUUGUUCUCGUUUGCCAUCAUUCAGCCUAAUAACAUAAGGAUAAAACUGAACACAUCAGAUGAAACUGAGUGAUGAGCAGAUGGGGCAACUGGACCAAGUGGAUCAGGCCAGUAUGCAAAGUUUUGUUUGUUUGGUGUGUAAGAAGCCAUGAAGAUGGUAUAAAAAUUAUCGUCUGAAGUGGACCACCAGAAGACAUGCAGCAUAACCACAAAAGCGCGGCACGUAACGGCUAUGCUAACGCUGUGGACGGUGAAGAUGGUGGCGGCGAGGGUGAGGAGGGCGGAGAAGAGGACGGAGGAGGAGAUGGGGGAGAGGAGAGAGGCGGCGGGGACUGGGACGAGGACCUGGAAGGUGAGGAUGGGGGAGUGAGGAUGACCAGGACGGACACCCUCCACUCCACCACGAGCUCCACUGGAACGCAACGUAGGAGAGGACAACACGCUAAGAAACAAGUCCAGGGCACCAAUCAGGUACAACGAGCUCCCCGAGCGUUGUUCUGCCUGAAGCUCAACAACCCCAUCAGACGUGCGGCGCUCUCCAUUGUUGAAUGGAAGCCAUUUGACAUUUUCAUCCUGCUAGCCAUCUUUGCUAACUGUGUCGCUUUGGGUGUGUCCAAACCAUUUCCUGAGGACGACUCCAAUUCCACCAACCACGAUCUGGAACAAGUGGAGUAUGUCUUCCUCAUUAUCUUCACUGUGGAAACCUUCCUGAAGAUCCUGGCUUACGGUCUGGUCAUGCAUCCAAGUUCUUACAUCCGAAACGGCUGGAACCUUCUGGACUUUGUCAUUGUCAUCGUCGGUUUGUUCAGCGUCGUCCUGGAGACCAUGACGCACAAGUCAGGCGAGCAGGCGAGCACACACCACAUGCCGGGCAAACCUGGAGGUCUGGACGUCAAAGCUUUGCGCGCCUUCCGGGUCCUGCGGCCCCUCAGGCUGGUUUCAGGAGUUCCCAGUCUGCAGAUCGUGCUGAACUCCAUCAUGAAGGCCAUGGUUCCCCUGCUCCACAUCGCUCUGCUGGUCCUCUUCGUCAUCAUCAUCUACGCCAUCAUCGGCUUGGAGCUCUUCAUCGGACGCAUGCACAGAACCUGCUACUAUAUAGAAACUGACAUGUAUGUGGAGGACGACCCGGUGCCGUGCGCCUUCGCGGGUCACGGCCGCCAGUGCACGUUGAACGGCUCAGAAUGUCGUGGGCGAUGGGAUGGGCCCAACGGAGGCAUUACCAAUUUUGACAACUUUUUCUUCGCCAUGUUAACGGUGUUCCAAUGUAUCACCAUGGAGGGCUGGACCGACGUCCUGUACUGGAUGAACGACGCCAUCGGCUUCGAGUUGCCAUGGGUCUACUUUGUCAGUCUGGUCAUCUUUGGCUCCUUCUUCGUUCUCAACCUGGUUCUUGGCGUCCUCAGCGGAGAGUUCAGCAAGGAAAGGGAGAAGGCGAAAGCUCGCGGAGACUUCCAGAAGCUCCGCGAGAAGCAGCAAAUGGAGGAGGACCUGUGUGGAUACAUGGACUGGAUCACACAGGCUGAGGACAUGGACGAGCUGGACGAGGAUAGAAACUCGCGUCCAUCUCUGGGUGAUCUGUCAGAUAAGAAGAAAGGGAAGUUUGGAUGGUUCAGUCACUCCAAUGAAACACACGCAAGUCUUCCUGCCAGCGAAACGGCGUCUGAGAACACGGAGAACAUCGAUGAAGAACACACCAACUGCUGCCAGGCCUGCUGUGCUCGAAUGAUGAAGAUCAGCUGCUGUCGUACUCUGCGACGCUGGAACCGAGUGUGUCGCAGGAACUGUCGCACUGCGGUCAAAUCUGUGACAUUCUAUUGGCUGGUCCUGCUGCUUGUCUUCCUCAACACGUCCCUCAGCGCCUCCGAGCACUACAACCAACCUGAUUGGCUGACGCAGGUGCAGGAUAUCGCCAACAAGGUGCUGCUGUCACUGUUCACGGUGGAGAUGCUUCUGAAGAUGUACAGCCUGGGCCUGGCUCAUUACUUUGUGGCGUUUUUCAACCGCUUUGACUGCUUCGUGGUGUGCGGCGGCAUCAUGGAGACCAUCCUGGUGGAACUGGGCAUCAUGCCACCGCUGGGAAUCUCCGUGCUACGUUGCGUCCGGCUGCUGCGAAUCUUCAAGGUCACGCGCCAUUGGACGGCACUGUCCAACCUGGUGGCGUCUCUGCUCAACUCCAUGAAGUCCAUCGCCUCGCUACUGUUGCUCCUCUUCCUCUUCCUCAUCAUUUUCGCCCUGUUGGGAAUGCAACUCUUUGGUGGCAAGUUCAACUUCGACGAGACACAGACCAAGCGCAGCACCUUCGACGCUUUCCCACAGGCGCUGCUCACCUGCUUCCAGAUCCUGACAGGCGAGGACUGGAACGUGGUAAUGUACGAUGGUAUCAUGGCAUACGGUGGCCCCGUCUUUCCGGGGAUGAUCGUCUGCAUCUACUUUGUCAUCCUGUUUAUUUGCGGAAACUACAUCCUGCUCAACGUCUUCUUGGCCAUUGCUGUGGACAAUUUGGCCGGAGGUGACGGAGACGACAAAGCGAAAGAGAAGAAGACGGAGGGAGCGGAGGAGGAAGAGGCAGAGGAGGAGAAGCAAGUGAAGGUGGACAUUGACGAGGACACAGAGUACGAGGAAGAGGAGGAGCUUCCGGAAGGCGAAGAUGACGGCGGCGCGCAGCUAAAGAUGGCUGACUUGGCCCCGCCCAAAGAAAAGAUUCUUCCCAUCCCAGACGGGAGUGCGUUCUUCUGCCUCAGCAAGACAAACCCCAUCCGAGUGGCGUGCCACACUCUGAUCCACCACCACAUCUUCACCAACCUCAUCCUGGUCUUCAUCAUCCUCAGCUCGUGCUCAUUGGCUGCUGAAGAUCCCAUCAGAGCGCACUCCUUUCGGAACAACGUUCUGGGUUAUGCCGACUAUGCCUUCACCUCCAUCUUCACUGUUGAAAUCCUGUUCAAGAUGACGGUCCACGGAGCGUUCCUGCACCAGGGCUCUUUCUGCAGGAACUGGUUCAACUUGUUAGAUCUCCUCGUAGUCAGCGUGUCACUCGUCUCCUUCUUCCUGCAUUCCAGUGCCAUCUCGGUGGUAAAGAUCCUGAGGGUCCUCCGUGUGCUCAGACCUCUGAGGGCCAUAAACAGAGCCAAAGGCCUCAAGCACGUGGUCCAAUGUGUGUUUGUGGCCAUCAGGACCAUCGGCAACAUCAUGAUCGUCACAACAUUGCUCCAGUUCAUGUUUGCGUGUAUCGGGGUGCAACUCUUCAAGGGUAAAUUCUAUCGUUGUACCGAUGAGGCCAAACACACACCUGAACAGUGCAAAGGGACAUUUGUGGUGUACAAAGAUGGAGACGUAAACCAUCCGAUGGUGCGAGAAAGAAUUUGGCACAACAGUGACUUCAAUUUUGACAAUGUGCUCAUGGGAAUGAUGGCACUCUUCACCGUGUCUACUUUUGAGGGCUGGCCCGCCCUGCUAUACAAGGCCAUCGACGCCAACGGGGAGAACUCGGGUCCCAUCUACAACUACCGUGUGGAGAUCUCCAUCUUCUUCAUCGUCUACAUCAUCAUCAUCGCCUUCUUCAUGAUGAACAUCUUCGUGGGUUUCGUCAUCAUCACGUUCAGGGAGCAGGGAGAGCAGGAGUAUAAGAAUUGUGAACUGGACAAGAACCAGCGUCAAUGCGUCGAGUACGCUCUAAAGGCUCAGCCCCUAAAGCUCUACAUCCCCAAGAACCCAGUUCAGUACAGGUUCUGGUCCAUCAUCAACUCCACAGCCUUUGAGUACGUCAUGUUUGUGCUCAUCCUGCUCAACACUGUCACGCUCGCCAUCCAGCACUACGAGCAGUCCAAGACCUUCAGCCACAUCAUGGACAUCCUCAAUAUGGUCUUCACUGGACUCUUCACUGUGGAGAUGCUGCUCAAACUGUUAGCCCUCAGACUCAGGCAUUACUUUGUGGAUGCGUGGAAUUCCUUUGAUGCUCUCAUCGUGGUUGGCAGUGUGGUAGACAUCGUAGUGACGGAGUUCAGCAGUGGAGAGGACAGCUCUCGAGUGUCCAUUACUUUCUUCCGCCUCUUCCGAGUGAUGCGAUUGGUCAAACUGCUGAGCAAAGGGGAGGGCAUCCGAACCCUGCUAUGGACCUUCAUCAAGUCGCUGCAGGCACUCCCGUACGUCGCCCUGCUCAUCGCCAUGAUCUUUUUCAUCUACGCAGUCAUCGGCAUGCAGACGUUUGGGAAGGUCGCCAUGCAGGAUCACACGCAGAUCAACAGGAACAACAACUUCCAGACUUUUCCUCAGGCCGUCCUCCUCCUCUUCAGGUGUGCGACAGGCGAGGCAUGGCAGGAGAUCAUGCUGGCCAGUCUUCCCGGGAAACGCUGCGAUCCUGAGUCCGACUACGAGCCAGGAGAAGAGUUCAGCUGCGGGAGCAACUUUGCCAUCGUUUACUUCAUCAGCUUUUUCAUGUUGUGUGCCUUCCUGAUCAUCAACUUAUUUGUGGCAGUCAUCAUGGACAACUUUGACUACCUAACCCGCGACUGGUCGAUCCUGGGUCCACAUCACCUAGAUGAGUUCAAGAGGAUCUGGUCAGAAUAUGAUCCAGAGGCCAAGGGUCGCAUUAAACAUUUGGAUGUUGUGGCUCUACUUCGAAGGAUACAACCUCCUCUUGGCUUUGGAAAACUGUGUCCUCACAGAGUAGCGUGUAAGCGUCUGGUGGCUAUGAACAUGCCUCUGAAUGCAGACGGCAUGGUGACAUUCAACGCCACCCUCUUUGCGCUGGUCCGCACGGCACUGAAGAUCAAGACCGAAGGCAACCCGGAUCAGGAGAACGAGGAGCUAAGGGGGAUCAUCAAGAAGAUCUGGAAGAGAAUGAAACCAAAACUUCUGGAUGAAGUCAUUCCACCACAUGAAGAGGAGGAAGUGACAGUUGGGAAGUUCUAUGCCACUUUCCUGAUCCAAGAUUACUUCCGCAAGUUCCGGAAGAGGAAGGAGAGAGGGGGUCUGAGUGUGGAGACUGACGCCACCAACCCGUCAGCCGUACAGUUAUGUAAAGCGGGUCUCAAGACUCUGCAGGAUCUCGGUCCAGAGAUGCGUCUGGCCCUCAAUGAAGACCUGGAGGAGGAAGAGGAGGAGGAAGAAGAAGAGGAGGAGGAGUCCAUGAGGGAAGAGGAAGAGAUGGACACAGUAGGACCACACAAUGACCGGCGGGGAUCUAUUGUGCCCGUCGGUCCAGGGGGAGUCAUGGGUGACAGCGGUGUGGUAAAUGGUGGUUUGAUCCAUCGGGUCGGUUCUCUCUGCAAAAUGUCUAAUGGCGGCGAUUACGAUGCUCACAUUUCACGGCGAGACAAUCUGAGGUCAUCUGUUAAUCAUCAUCACCGCCGACCCUCAGUCAGGAAUGGGCUUCUAGACAACACCCACAAGAGGCCAUCGCAUUACAAAUAUGGAAGGAGGGACUUGAGGUACAGGCACUGGCGGAAUGGCGACAUGGACAUAUCCAGAGAGACACGUUACUACACAAGAGAAGACGACACAGCCAGCAUCACUUCCACAGAAAGAUAUUACCCUGAUGAUCCUCUGCACGAUGAUGACCACGCCCCCUACAGUCACUAUGGAAACGGCUACAGCGAGGGUAGAAGAGCAACACGGAGGCGUAUUCUCCCGGCCACGCCCACAGGUCGAAAGCCCUCGUUCAACAUUCAGUGUCUGAGACGUCAGGGCAGCAGUGACGACUUACCCAUGCCGGGAACGUACCACCCCAAGUCUCCUCCGCGCCGCACCUGCACUCAGACAUACAGCAGUUACGACCAUCCUCCGUCAUCCGGUCACUCUACUGCGGUUUCCUCCACGUCCUGGGCCAAUCCUUGUCCUCGCCGCGGUCGCCUCCUGUACGCUCCUCUCAUCCUGGUGGAGGAGGAGGGAAGCCCAUCGUGGCGGCGAGAAGUAGAAGGAGAACGAGGAACAGGAGGAGGCCGGGAGGACAAGCUGGGGGGAGCAGGAAGAGCAGGUGUCAGUGUGACGGGAGCGGCGCCGAGUCCCGCCUGGUACGGCGCUACGGGAGCCCCACCUCCUUACAGAGCGUACACCACUCUCAGAGUUCCUUCUCAGCUCGGUGCUCCGUUUGGCGAGAAACGUGGCUCGGCCGACAGUCUGGUGGAGGCGGUUCUCAUCUCUGAAGGUCUCGGCCUUUACGCACGUGAUCCCAAAUUUGUGGCAUUCGCAAAGCGGGAGAUCGCGGACGCAUGUCACAUGACCGUGGACGAGAUGGAAUCAGCCGCCAGCGACCUGCUGGGGUCCGCGAGCCACGACUUCCUCAACACCGCCGGCACAGAACCCGCUGCACUCUACAGCGAUGAGGAGCCGAUCAGAACGGGCCGAGAGGAGGACGAGCUCGCUGACGAAAUGAGCUGCGUGACAUCAUUUUGAUGGACAGGUGUUCAUGGCCAAUCAGGGACCGUGGAGGCAGGCCGUCGAUGGGGCCCCAAAGGAAGUAAAAACUCUUUAAAGCUAAAAGUUUUAAACGAAAGGUAAAGACAAAUAAAAAAGGAAGUAGUGGAGGAACAUCGCAUGUCAUGCUCAAUCUUGUCCAGUGGGUGGUGACAACGCACCUCUGCAUGUUUACAAACAAGAACCGCAGAAGAAGAACUUUCAGUUGAGUGUUGGGUGCUAUCUGUUAGCACUGUCCAACAAGCUGCUUAGCAUUUUAGCUGUACAGAUACAAUAACUUUUACUUAUUUAUCCUCCUUUUGAUAGUUUGGACAUUUUAAAGUCUCUCAACAAACACAACACAGUAUUUUUUUUAUUUUGACCAAGCUUAGCACACACAUUAUUGUCUGUCUUGGACAUCAUGAUUCCACCGGAUGAGUACUAAAAUUAGCACGAGCUCAGUGCUAACCGCUAAACACAUGAGACGACCAACUUGCUUUCUAGCCGACCUUCGCUAUACAAUUGUCAACUGAGCCACCAUUUUUUUGUGAAGAACAACACUUUUCAACAAUUGGUACGUUUGGAAAUUCAAUCUGACGCUCUUACUGCGCUCUGAGAGUGCAGUGUUCACAGAGGCAGAGCCUGCUCCAUUUUCAAUGAAUUAACAAACGAGCGUGUUGGCCAUUGACAGGGAUACGUAAGUACGUCCACCAUAUUGAAUGUGUCAGUUCUGCCUGUAAACAUCUCGUCCUGCCUGACGCUCCGGCCGCUCUGUCUUCUCAGUCAGAGCAGCGGGAGGGCGCUCUGCCACUCCCAGAGUGUGGCACUCUGAAUACCUGAACGGCACACUCCAACAGUCCUCUGAGUUUCCGAAUGUUCCGGAGUGUGCUGAGUGCGCUUGGAGUGAAUUUCCAAACGUACCCAAUGACCUUUCUGACACUGCUAACAGUUAGCUGUUAGUUAAGGAUUCAUGUGUAGAGUACAUUACAACAAAAGAAACCUUUUUUACUUUUUCACGCGUCCCUCUUUGCUAUUGCUAGCUGUGCCCCGCCUGAUGGAUGAUAUAGUUCUUAACUAAUCAGAGGAAGUUGUACAGACAUGACUAAUUGAAAUAAGUUGAUAAGACAUGACUAAUCAAAAUCAACUGAUCGGACAUGACUAAUUGAAAUAAGUUGGUCGGACAUGAAUAAUCAAAAUAAGUUGAUUGGGCAUGGCUAAUUGAAAUCAGUUUGUCAGACCAGAAUAACCAAAAUAAGUUGAUCCGGUAUGACUAAUUUGAAAAAAAAAAUCCAGAAAGGACUAAUUGAAAUGGGUUGUCUAACUGAAGGAACUCCAUCAUACAUGACUAAUUGAAGAAAUGUAUUCAGGAUGUGAUGAAUCAGAAGUUGUGCAGACAUGACUGAUCGGAAUAAAUUGAUCAGAUAUGACUAAUCGAAAGAUGAUCAGACAUAACUAAUAAUAGAAUGUUGUAAAGACAUAAUUAAUCAAAAUACGUUGAUCAGGCAUGACUAAUCAAAAGAAGAACUGAAAUGAAAUGUCUUCAUCAGGCUUGAUUAACUGAAGGAAGGUCAUCAGACAUGAUUAAUUGAAAAAUGUUUUUCAGACAUGAUUAAUCGAAAUGACUUUAUUAGGCAGGACCAAUCAAAGGAAGUCCAUCAGACAAGACUAAUUGAAAAAGGUUAUUUAGACAUAACUAACAAGUGGCAGUUCAUCAGGCAUGACUAACUGAAAAAAAGUAGAUCAGGCGUGAGUAGUCAAUGGAGCAGGACUAAUAGUAAAAGGUGUGGUCAUUGGAUUUUCUUGGAGAGUAUAUGCCAAAAAAAAAAACUUGUACUUUUUCUAGCUAGCUGUGCUGCAUCUGACAGAUUAGCUACUUCCUGCUAGCGCGUAGUCCCACACGGAAGCUAAUGCCGCCUCUGUGGCGACCCUGGGCGUGAAUUUUAUAUAGUUUUUUUUUAUCUACUGGAAGGUGGAUUUUUAUUUUAAACCUCAUUUUUGUUGUAAAAAUGUUGUUUUUUUUGUAUUGAUGCUGAUCAUCAGACAUCCGCGCGUCUUCUCGUGUUCUUCCUGACUGUCAACCGAAGGGCUCACUCAAAGUUUUCCCUCCAAAUUUCAGUCACAUGACAAAGUCAACCGUGCAUACCUCCAAUAAAAAAAUUAAAUAAAAAAAUAAUGAAAAUAAAUGUUU